CUGGCCGCGGCCAGUGAACAAGCCACAAGCUGGCUCCAAUAUGGCGCCGUUUGAGCUGCUCUCCGGCUUCCCGAAGAGCACCAGCGGCGAGGUUGUCGCGAUGGAGUGGAGCCCGACGAUGGACCUCAUCGCCAUCGCCACCUCGGACUCGCAGGUCGCGGUCGUGCGGACCGGUUGGCAGCGGCUCUUUGCCAUCCCCGCGGCGCAGCCAAUCCACUGCCUCGCGUGGCGGCCCGACGGGCAGGAGCUGAUGGGCAGCGGCGCGCAGCUCGCGCUCGACUCGGCGCCGCUGCCCCUCGACGCGCCGCUGCACAGGCUGCUCUUCGAGCCGGGCCGCUCGCUCGAGUUCGACCUCUCGGUGACUGCGGACGACUCGGCGCGCGUGCAGCUGCGCGUUCACGGCAGGUUCUCACUCGGCUUCCUCCCGCUCGCCGACUUUCCCGCGCUCGACUUUGGGGACGAGCCGCCGGCGCUGCUCCGCGCGUCGCUCGCACCCUCGCUGCACGCGCUCACUCUGGUCGUCGCGACGCGCGGUUCCGCCCGCGUCUCCCUGCCCGACGGCACGCGGCAGCAGCACGAGGCGGGCACGCUGCUGCUCGGCUUUCGGACCGGCCAGCUCUCUCGGGCGCGGCAAGAGAUCGAGGCGCUCGCUCUCUCCUUCCUUCGCUGUGAAGCCCUCACCCAGCGCGCGUCGGCGGCGCUCGAGAUGGCGCGGCAGGCGUGGGCCGAGGCGGCUGGCCCCUUCCACGCAAAGCUGGCGAGGCUGCGGGAGGAGGUGCGGACCGAGUCGGACCUCAACCCUUCCGAUGGGCCGGCGACAGAGCUGCUCGCACUGCUCGCGUACGGCGCCCCGUCGGCGCGCGUCCGCGACGUGCUGGCGCACGAGCUCCGCGAGGCCGAGCUGACGCGUGCGCUGAAGGCGGCCAACGCCGCCGCCGGCGCCAUCGCGCAGCUCGUGCUGACGCAGGUCGCGCCCGCGCUCGAGCUGGUGGUACACCUGGUCGGCAACCUGAGAGGGCUAUCGCGCUGGCCUCACCACUUUGCGGGCACCCUCGGCCUGCAGCCCAAGAAGGUGUCUGCCCUUCUCGAGGCGGCGGAGGCGUUGCGCGCCGCCGCCGAGCUCCUCCUCGUGUGCGCGCGCCGCACCGACUCGGGGCUGGUCGCGCUGCUCGGCUGGCUGAUCCACGCGGUGCGGCGGCUGAGGGACGAGGCGCCGCCGUCGGCAGACGACGUGCCUCUGCCGGACGCCAUCACCGUCGGCGAGUACCUGGGGCGCUGCUCCGGCGACGAGCUGCUCGACGAGGUGGGCGACCUCUUCUCCACGGAGGAGGGCCUCGCGGCUGCCGCCGAGGCGCUGCCCACCGACCCGCUCGACGAGCACUGCACCCUCGGCCCGAUCCGCCGGCUGCCGGCCCUCGAGGAAGAGCUGGCCGCCGCCCUCUCCGACUGCUUCAACCCGGUGGCGCAGCACGUGUCCGCAGGCUUCCAGCUGCACUCGUGCACGCCGCUGCACGCCGACGGCAGCGCUGAGUCGAGCACCGACGCCGACGGGCUGCACAUAGACCUCCGCCACCCGGAGCCCUCCCCUCCGCCGCCAGAGCCGGCGGAGCCCGCGAUGCCUGGCCCUCCUCCCGCCGCCUGCCUCACCAAGCCCGCGCAGCUGCUCAUCUCGGCCGCCCUCGGCGCGCUGGCCGAGGAGGGCGGCGUGCAGCUCGACAAGGGCCCGCCCUCGUGGGAGGCGUGCGCGGCGCGCACGCCGCACGCGCACCUCUGCCGCGCGCACUUUUACCGCGACGGCAAGAUUGCGCUGCUGCACGCUUCGGACGCCGCCGCUGGCUCGCGCCUGACGGUGGUGCAGCACGAGGAGCUGCCCUUCAUGCCCAUCGCGAGCUUGCCCGGCGGCAGCGGCGCGCCGCCGCCGCUGCUUGGGCUCGUGCUCACGUGCAGCCUCCCCGUGGUCGAGCUGGACUGCGAGCGCUCACGCCACUUUGCCGGCGCCGUCGCCGACCGGCUCGCCCUCGCGGAGCGGCGAGACGGCCGAUGGGGGAUGUGUUCGCUCGUGCUGACGCAGAAGCGGCGCAUCUACUUCCUCGAUUUGGAGGCGGACGAGGAGGACGAGGAGGACGAGGAGGCAAUCGGCGACGAGGAGAGCGUCGGGGAGCGCGGAAGCGACGAGUCGUCCAACUACGAGCCCGUGCGUUCGAGCGCGGCGGGCUUGUCGCCGAGCGCAGGGAUUGAGGCACUCCCGGGGCCAACCUCGGCGUCCGAGGACGAGGAUAUGGACAUGGAGGAGGACUGAGAGCCGUCGCACGGGCCUCCCUCGAGAAGCCUCCUGCUCCGCACAUCCCGACAUCCAUUCCUCGAUUGCGUACAAUGUACUCGUGAGCUGCGAGCUCUUAGGCCUUCGCGCUGGGUCCGUGCUCGUCCAGUCGUGGAGGCACAUUUUACGGGAAAGUCACCGGAUUUGCUCACGUGAUUGUCUGAUGACUGUCUGGCCAUCCCCGAUCCCGAUUUUUUUCACACUU